AUGAGACUUCUCAUUUUCUCAACAUUAAAUACUUUUGCUGGGCUUGAUGACUUUCCGCUUGAGUGCCUCGUGUAUUACUUGCAAGAGAAAGCAAACACGUUCCUGCCACGAAUUCGAUCAUUAUCAAGGCUCACGAUCAAAGCCUUGACAGGAAACUUAUUUCAAGCGGCUGUGAAUGCAGGCAAUGAUCACGUUGUCGAAGUUCUGUUGCAAGACUGGGCUACCAGUAUUGGAGCCAACAAGCAAGUCUUUGUCGAUGGCGACAAACGAUAUACAGCACUACAACGGCCCUGCCAGCUUCAUCACGUUGCCGUCACUAGAGUCCUCCUUCGACACGGUGCAGACGCCAACCACAUGAUUCAGAGAUAUGGACUGCCAGACUGGAGCGCCCUAGAGCUUGCCAUUGGUCGUCACAAGGACGAACGUGACAAACUGCCGCCUGCACCACCUGGGCUUGUGCUCCUGCUUGUCGAAAACGGCGCCAAUUUUGGUUAUGAGCUACUUCGCCAUGUAAUCAUGCGUAGACAGCUCCAAGUGCUCGAAAUCCUCUUACACAAGCUUAUUCGAGAGACCUGGCUACGGAGUUCGCGUUCUUGGCAAUGCCAUCGAAGAAAUGAUUUCGAUUUGAUCAAACUGCUCCUCGAGUACAAUGUCGACGCCUCGGGGUAUAUCAAGGAUUUGAAAGUGUAUGGUUUUGAAAAUGUCUGGAAAACUCCACUUGCGAUUGCAGUUGAAAGCAACGAGGGAACAAGACUCCAAGUAGUUGGUAUUCUUUUGGAUGCAGGAGUGAACCCGGACAGCCUUGUUUACUGGUACCCCGAAUCUCGAAAGGAAACAGCACUUCUUGUCGCAAUCAAGCUGAAAAGCGUUCAGAUGGUGAAGUUUCUCCUGGAUUCUGGAGCCAGCGAAAACUUCGCGCCGAACAUGGGUGUGAAGAGAACCCCGUUGCAACAAUCUGUAGAAGUUGGCGACAUGGCCAUGAUCCAGACCCUUAUAAACCACGGUGCUCAAGUCACCGAUGCACCUGCCUACAUUGGAGGCGCGGCCGCAUUACAGCUGGCAGCGAUCGGGGGCUAUAUUGGCAUCGCUGGAUUUCUCCUACAAGCUGGAGCAGACCUCCAUGCACCGGGCGCCACCGUCCACGGACAGACCACUCUCGAGGGUGCCGCCGAACAUGGCCGCCUCGACAUGGUUAAAUUUCUCAUCAAUGCAGGGGCUCUGAACGUCGGUGACAGGUAUCGGUGCCUUGAAAAGGCGGCACGACUGGCUUUGAAUCACGGACACUGCGCAGUCGUAGACUUGCUCGGGUCAUUUUUACUGAGGAUUACUAUCACUACGAAUUGA